UUUGAGUCAAUUAGAAUUAAUUAACUACUUUGGGCGCAGGAAGGAAAGAAUGACAGCUGUCACACGUUUGUGAAAUAGUUUGAUUACAAUACGUAUGGUGCGUAGUGACAAAUCACAUUUCUAAUAAGAGACAAGAGAGAACGCUUGUGUUUGUUUUGACAUUUGGACGCUACAUGCGUAGCGGCCUUUAAUCUGCAUUAUAAAGUGCGAAGUCAAAAUACGCGCACCAAUUCUCGCUCCUACCGAGAGCUUCUACCGAGUGGAACAUAGAAUGUCUCCGUCCUUGCGAUUCUUCGGCCGAUAAUCGCAAUUUCGAAUAGCCGUGUGUGAUUCUUCUCGCGUCACCGUCAGUGACCGUUCGAUUCUCUUGCACGUCAGAAACAGCGCAGUACCAAAUUCCUCGAUAUUAUCGGAUGCUGUAUAUUUUUAGACGCGCUCGCGACGAAGGUCUUAUUUGUUGACGGACGUGAACUCGAUUGCACACUAAUUUACAAGGUGGUGAUAAUUUGACAGACGCGAUAUCGGGAUGUGACGUGUGUGACAUUUCGAGAGAAAGAUUAUCUCCAUUCUAUAUCCCUGGGUGUUGUCUCGCUGGUCUCGUGUGUUCACGUGUGUGUCGCUCGAUUUAGCGUCUCUCUGGAUCGGGACGUCGAGUUGCAAGAUCGGAUUUCCAUGCUGGCCCGUUGCACAUUCUUGAGAAUCGAUAAGGAAGCAUGCGUGUCUACGAAUUUGUGAGUCACGCGUCAAACAACUUGGUGCGCGAAUGGUUAUUCUUCUCGACUAGAGGUGACCUAGACGCGCUCGCAAGGUUAGGAGGUCGCCGCAGCCAGCCAUGAAGAGUCCCGUGACGUCUCAACGUUUAAAUGGGACUAACGCGCAUCCCGUCCCGUCGCAGAGUCUGCAGUUGUCAGGAAGCGUGAAGCCUCCUCGCUACAAUAAUGUCACCAACAACAGUUUCCAGGUGGUGAAGGUCGCCGGACGCGAGUCCGGCUGCUAUAUCGCCAACAACAUCGUGCCGAAGGUCGGCAAGCAGCAAUUGGUUUCCUUGAACGGAGACACAGUGCGCUGCAACAGCGUCAACGUCGACGAGGCACUGGCAUGCGACGUGGCGCCGAUACCAGCGGCGAAGACCAAAGCCCUAUGCGUGCAUAUUCGCGAGAACAAAUGGUAUGACGCCGGGAACGUGGUUUCCGUCGGUGUGGCGGGAACCAGUUUGAAUCAUGCUCUGGAGAGCAUGUCCCUGGCUUACAAUCCUUCCACAAAGCAGCUGUACUCCGUGGAAGAGAGUAAGACUCCGAGUGAUGCACAAAUCGAUAGCUCUCAAUAUUUAGAAUCUCCGUGUAACGAUAAGGAAAUCUCCAAUCCGAACGCGGAUAAAUACACAAAGCUAGAAAAUGUUAGUGCGAAUAGUAGUCCAAGGAACAGCCUGCCACGAUCGUGCAGCAGUACGGUGUCUUCCCUUAGCGAGAUAUCUCCCUCAGGUAGCUUCUUGGGAUCGGACGAACAACACGUCGUGGAAAAGAUUGACAAGGCCCAGAAACGUUGGGCAUUGAAUUCGCUGUUCACGAAGAAUAUGUUCCCAUGGAAAAACAAAGGUUCCCAACAAUCGACGCCCACUGGCAGUCCGUCAAGAAACAUCGACAAGGUAGGCGGUAGUACAGCUUUAAUUCAACAACCGAGACCAGCGAAUUUGCCCGCUAAAAACGCAUUGGAGGAAGAGCGUCAUCGUAAGCAAUACAAUGCUAUUUUAGAGGCGGCAAGGAAGAGAGAAUUGCGCGAAGAGAAGGAGCGUAAGCAACAGCGAGAAUAUCAGUUGAAAGAGGAAGAAAGAUUAGCCGAAGACUCUUACACGUGGAAUGUGCACGUCUUACCGAAGUUCGAAAGUGUGAAGAACACGAAGAAAGUAAAAGAGCUGUGGUGGCGCGGCUUGCCGCCGAGUGUUCGUGGUAGAGUAUGGAAACUAGCGAUUCCAAAUAACUUAAAUAUAACACCGCACCUCUAUAAUCUUUGCUUAGACAGGGCGAUGUCCAGCCCCAACAAUGAGUCAUUAGCUGCAAUCCGAUUAGAUGUAUCUCGUACCUUUCCUACCUUAUGUGUCUUUCAAGAAGGUGGACCAUUAACCGACAGCCUUCAGGGUAUUUUGGCAGCGUAUGCUGUGUACAGACCGGACGUGGGCUAUGUGCAAGGAAUGAGUUUUGUGGGUGCUGUGUUAUCACUCAACAUGGAUCCGCCUGAUGCCUUUGCUUGUUUCGCGAAUCUACUGAAUCAUCCUUGCCACAGAGCCGCCUUCACAUUGGACCAAAAGCAAAUGGACAUUUAUUACAAAGUAUACUCCAGUGCUCUUGCGCAUAAGCUGCCAAAAGUCUUUUCCCAUUUCACUAUAGCCGGACUGAGUCCGGAUUUGUAUCUAUUAGAUUGGUUGUAUACUAUAUAUGCCAAAGCAAUGCCUCUUGAUGUUGCAUGUAGAGUUUGGGAUGUUUUUCUCAGAGAUGGAGACGAGUUCCUGUUUAGAACGGCGCUGGGUGUGUUGCACCUGUAUCAGGAGGAGCUGUUGAAAAUGGAUUUUGUGCAUGGUGCACAAUUUCUUACCAGAUUGCCGGAGAAUCUACAGGCGGAUUCUUUAUUCAACAGUAUUAGUCAGAUGUCCACGACCGUUGGAACGACCACGUUCCAGCAAAUGUUAGUUCAAUUUUCUUCGUAAUUUAAUGUAUAUUUAGAUCAUCUAAAAUCGAAUUUGAGACUUGCACUGUUUUUGUAAUAGAAAAAAAAAAAAAAACAAUUUAGUCUCAAUGUAAAACUUCCGAAAAUUAUUUAUAUAUUUUUUCCUAUAGAAUUCUUAUUUUCUACAUAUAAAUAGUGUAAUAUUGAAAUUUGUUUUUAUCGAAGAUGAUUCUUGCAACACAAGUGAAAUUAGAAAAGUGAUCUGAAGUAUCAAUCACAAAUGUUGUAUCGAUAGAGAUCUGCACUCUACAUUCUCAUUAAGAUAGAUUAGUAUUUUUCAGAAUAUGUGACAGAUUUUGUAGAUCUUGUAUCUGUGUCAACGUCUUACUUUUUUUUAUUAUGGGAAAACAGAGGUUAUUAUUUCUAAGUUUAUUACGAAUUUUAGCUCAAUUAUAUAUGUAUGUUCUCAUGUUUAUUUUAUUUUUAUUAAUUUAUAUAGAAAUUUACGAGACAAUGUUUUACAUUAUUUGUGAUAUGUAUAUAUAUCUAUUUGAAACUAUCGAAAAAAUGUUCGUAUCAAAUCCAUGCUUCAUGUAUCGCUCUGUAAGCAUGACAUGCACUAUACACAUUUCACGCUUUAACGUAUAGUCUACAUUCUUUGUGUUUACAUUGAAAAUAAUCUCUUCAAAGAAAAAAAAGAGAUAUAUACUCGAAUAUAACAAUAUUAUUCAGUAAUAUCGCGCACUACAUACAGAUAAUAUUCUCAUAAACAUAUUUAAUCGUCAAUAAAAAUAGACGCGUCAAAAUUGUAAGAAAGAUUCUCGCUAAAUAAAAUAUUCAACGCUAUUCACAAAUUUCGCGUUACGCUGAUAUUCGAUAAGGAAAUAAGGAAAAUCUGAGAUUACCCAUACCGCGAAACAUAUUUCGUACGAAAAGAUUUAAUCAAUUUAUAUCGGCCAAUAAGAAAAAGCGAAGCCAAAUAGCGCAAACAAAUAUAUUAUGCAAAGCAACAAAUUUCUAUAAGAUUUUACAUCAUUAUAUAUAAAAGAUUUUUUUUUACUUUCGCUGCGUUGAAAGAUGUAUCGCUUAUAAUUGCAUUUUUUAACUUUUUGACAGAAUUAUAUCUUAACAAUUGUAACAUUUUCAUGUAAUUGGAGUUCUUCUCGGUGUGAGAACGCGUGGUGCUUGCAUUGUUUCGCUUUGUUGUUUUAUUUUUAGUUGUGAUACGGAUAAGGUGCUGAGCGUGAGAUUAUUACAAUGUGAUAAAAAGUUCACGAUAUACAACGGAAGUUUUAUUAGCCUACAUGUUUUUUAAAGUAGACUCUUUGUAUGUACAAUAUUUUUCAGUCUUUUUUUUCCGCUACGGUACGGCAACUUGAGUUUUGAAUAGCGAAAUCGUAUGAUGUCCCCGUCUUUUGAGUGGCCUUCAUAAUGAAGAUAGGAUAAAUUUGAGAGAUUUAGGAACUUUCUAUGUAAUUAUUAUCGAACUUUACUCUGAAAGAGUAUAAAUCUCGAAAAAAAAUGUAUUUUCAUACAAUUUAACUGCAAUAAAAAGCUUUAUUGCAAAUGUGCUUGUUGCGCAUCGCGUUCCUUUGUUUAAAAGGAAGAUACGCGCGGAUUAUAAAGAGAUUUUAAUUCGUAAAAACACACCUUGAAUAUAUAAUAUAUACAUAUAUAUGUAUUGUAUGUGAUACUAUCGAUCAGCCUCGAAGAUUUACUACUCAUGAUAUUUCAGGAUGACGAUCACAAGCACAUCGCAGUAACUUUGCAUAUAGCAUGGCUUGAGAGCUUGAAAAUUAUACAAAACAAAAAAUAUAUACCGACAUAAAAAAUUAUAUUCACAAAAAAAACCCACAAAAUAUACAUAUAUAUCUCUUUUAUAAUGUGCAAAGGCAAAGAUAUAUAACGGAAUGGCAAAGCUAUAGAAGCGUCUAUAUGGAAAUAGUGUCGUACUACGCAAACGACAUGAAAUUACUGUCACAACUCAUUGAAAUUCUCACUUAUUCCUAGGAAAUGAGAUUACGUGAGGCAAUAGCGUUGUUGCAUUGUUUUUCAUUGUACCUAUGUGUUUUAUAUGAUAUGAUUAUUUGCGUGAUAUCAGUUUUGAGUGUCACGGACACUCGGAGUGACACGAUAUAUAUAUAUAUAUAUAUGUCGUAUGUUUUAUAUAAAACUAGAAUGAUUCUCAAUGCGUGAAAUAAGAAAGAGAUUACAAGCUGUUUUUUCAUUCGAUCAUCUUCGAAGUGCGCGUGUAUGUGUGUCUGCGUGUGUGAGUCGUAGGGAAUUCGCGCGAGAAAAAUAAUAUCCUAGUUUUUAAUCGACAAUACUCUCAUUCCAUCCACUGUUCCAAAUUUCUACUACUUAGCGAUCACGAACAAUACAUAAGGAAUAAGUUUAUAGAUGUACAUAUUUAAAAAAAAAGCACAAAUGAAGAUAAAGUGUAAUUCUAAUA